UCUGGACAAGCAACCUUUUUGUUCCAGUUUGCGUCGUUGGUUGUGGAAUAUAAGUUAUGCAAUUGCAGCCCUAUGUGAAAAUGUGCACCUCAUGCCGUGCCACUGGAUGAAACCGUGACUUGGUUAACACGAAACAGGAACCCAAUGGCAAACCAUCUUUCCGUCCUGCUGCUACAGUUUCCGUGAAAAGACUCGUUUUCCGCGGUCCCUCUUGUGCUUAUGAGGUUCCUGUUCGUCCUUAGACUGCAGUGACUGAUUCAGGCAAUCGCAAAUGAAGUUUGGACUUAAAUAGCGACACACACGAGGGCCUGCACGGAUAUAAAAUUAUGAGAAGUCAUACUGGACACCAACAGUAAGUUGUUGGACUAUUUCGAUUCGGUUAUAAUCGUUGACACCCGUGUUCACAUAUAGAUUGACCCCUUCACGCGUGACCAGUUAUCAAAGAAGGUGGACUUGUUACAGAGAAAUACUUGCUCACCAGGAAGGGACAUAUACGCUCAAGGGUAUUAGACAUGAAGCUGCUGUACCUGCUGCUAGUCAUCACGUGCAUGGCGCCACAGCUAUCAACGCAAAGGCGAAAUAAUGGAGUAAUCACUGGUGCCCGUCUGUUACCACUGGCUGGCCAACCAAGCUCUGGUCGCUUGCAAGUACAAAUUAACGGCGAAUCGUGGCGAGACGUAUGCGAUAAAGGUUGGGGAGACCGAGAUGGUGAAGUGGUCUGUCUGGAGCUGGGAUUCGAGGGGCUUUCCCGAACAAUGAAAGGCCUUCGCAUCGUUAACAGGAGUUCAAAUUCGGUAGACGAUUUCAAAUGCAGAGGGAAUGAGGUGGCACUCUCAGAUUGUAGCCACAAACAAUCAAACGGCAGAUGCAGAGACACCAAAGGAGCCGGAGUGACUUGUAUCCAUUCUUCAACCACAGAGUCGCCCAAGGACUCUCAAAUACUAACAAUUUCAGGGCAGUCAACAGAAGACAGAACCACGCAUCAGAGAGCAACAUCGGUAGAAUCAGGCCACAACACGCUCCGUGUCGCCUCUACCACCAAGCUGACGGAGCCAGGGAAGAGAUUAACCACUGGCAGAGGGAUGGUGAGUCCUGAGCAGACGACGGUGGGACCAGUUACCAACCUGGUAACUGGCAGAGUCCAGACCCUUACUGAGGGAACCCAGAGACCCAUACUGACGCAGUUGAUCGACCACGGACAUGGCACGACAGCGGAAGCCGCGACCAAUGCUGGUGGAUUAGAAACGCAAUAUAGAUCACAUUUAGGAAAAUACAUUGGACUAGCAUUAGGAUGUAUCCUGUUCAUCGUAUGUGCAUGUUUCAUUGUCUUCUGUCUUCUCAAAAGACACCCAAGAGGAAAACACAACGGGUCUACAGCCGCUUCACAGCCGUCAGGGGGCUUCGAACAAAACAGUGCCGUUUAUGAAAAUGCACAGGGCUUGAAACCCCUUAUGAUGGAAGAACGUGAUAACGCACAAGCUGGGUACAUGGUUCCCAGCCAAACAAAGGGUUCAGCAGACGAUGUUUACUUCACCGUGGAGGAAGCGGUAAACGCACGAUACGCUAGCGGUGUAGAUGACGAAACCGAAAGAGAUUACGUUGUGCCUAUUUCACCACCAACCACAAAUUCGGGUGAACACCAGGCGUCAAAUCCAUCAGGGCCGACCGAUGAGACUGUCGGGAAAACCGCCAGUCCAUAUUACCUAGAACUUCUCAGUGGAGAGAUAGAACCACAGAAAGGGUCAACGACAUCGAAGAAGGGCUCUGAAAAAGCACUGUAUUUUACUCUGGAACCAGCCAAAGAUGUGGAUGAAACAAAUGAAGGGUUGAGCAGCAGUGCAGACUAUUUCACCGUUGAAGACAAGGGCGACUUGGCAGGUAACGGGCAGUACACUACGGGAGUGGUUGAGGAGAAAGCCACGCCAUCGGCGGUUGAUAAGCCGUCACGAAUGUCAGAUAUCACGGUGGACAAUGACAAAGGUAGCCACUAUUACGCGUACGCAGAUCCGACUUCGGGCUCCACAGCUGCCGCAAAGGGGGUACUGGGGAACCUAAACGUUUCGAAUCCUCUCGUGUACAUGUACGCAGACACGCCUCGGCUGCGCGCCCCUGAAACCGGCACCGACCAGCCACCCAACGCCGACUAUUUCGUGAUCGAGGAACGAGACAACUCAAUGGGCGCCCCAGUCUACAACGCAAGCGAGCCACGUCCCCCCACCAAGGAAACUGAGAUAAAGAACGGUCGGCUGGCGACAGGGAUUACGGAGAACGAAUACGCCUACGCAGACCCAUCAGAGCUCUAAAGGCACCUUUCCAUAUAUUUGCGUCAACUUUUGCACCUAGGGUUGCGUACCCGUCAAAUCGCUUCCGAGGUGAUUUUGAAAGCCAAACGCAACGCCCACGUGUUUUGUUAAGGGAAGUCGAUAUUUAUGCAACUCACCCCUACAAAACGUACAUACGUAAGGGCGCCCUUAGUCGACCGGUUGGACUGGAGAAAUCGCAGUAUUUACGAUUUGAUAAAUUCCACAAAUUUAGGGAAAAAUCAAACUUAAACAUGAGUGACUGACGUUCUUCAAAAAAACAUUUAUAAAAUACAAGCUCCUCAUUUCAAGAACAAAAGACUACAGAGUACGGAAGUUAAUGCUCAAAAUGACGUCACACUUCUGUACUCUUCAGAAUACCGAAGUGGAUAUGUCAUGCGCACAGUAUCAUGCGUUUAAAAGUGCGUUAGCGUGAGAACCAGGGCGUGAACCAACACGCCCGCGUAAUCCAUUCGUUUGCACUACACUUUCUAGUUCAGAAUGACGUCACACUUCAGCACUCUAUAGACGAACGA